GUGAUGCCGCCCGAUGCCGGUCCAGUCCGCCGCUCGUCUUGUCCGCGACACGACCGCGUCCCCCUCGUCGCGAUGGUGCUGCAGGCCGCGCUCCUCGUCGUGCACGCGCUGCUGGCCGGCGCGUCCGCCUCCAUGAUGCCCAACGCCAACGAGGCCAUCCUGACGCACCGGAAGAACGCCCCGGUGCCCAACCGCCACUGCGCGCUCCUCGAGCAGCAGAAGAACGUCAACCUGGAGGCGCUGUCGGGUUACUGGUACGCCGUGGAGACCAUCGGCCACCGCGAGGAGGACCGCAUCCCGGGCGAGGGCUACAAGGAGAUCUCGCUGUGCCCGCUCAUGUUCCUCGCGCAGCUGGACAACUCGACCGACCUGCGCCUGCUGUGGGAGGAGCCGCUGGGCAAGAUCGAGUACCGAUUCAGGGUCGUCGACGAGAACGACCGGGGCUUCUGGAUGUCGCUCGGCCAGCAGAACGGUGAGUCCGGAUCGCUGACGGACAACGAGCAGUACCCGUACCGGCAGUUCGCGGGCAACGUGCAGGUGAUGCGGGCCGUGUCCUCGGACAUGGUGCUGACGUUCUGCUCGCCGCAGACGCACCACUACUCGAUGAUCAUGUCGCGCAACAAGACCAUGAGCGACCAGCAGCUGCACUCGCUCAACAAGAUGCUGGCGGACCGCGGGCUGCUGCUCGCCAACACCCGGGUGGCGUGCCGGGGCGGCGCGCAGGCCUCGGCCGCCAGCCUGGGCGCCAGCGCGCUGCUCGGCCUCGCCGCCGUCGUGCUCCUGCUCCGGAGGGACCGGGACCUGCUCACGUAGGGCCUCGGACCAGGGCGCCGCGGAGGCCUCGCGUAUGGCCGCCCCGGACCCGGACGUCGGACGCCGCGCGGCCUCUUCUUUCGGCCUCCGCUCCGACUUCAGAGGCCCGGCUCGGCCCGUGAAGACUUCGCUGCCGAGACCUCUCAAACCUUCUGAAGCCUCGAACAUAUGCCCGGCCGUCGUCUGUGGUGCAUGUCACAAGAUGCAAAAGACUUUUAUUUUAUUUUUUAUUAUUUUUUUGUUGAGGAAGUUGUACGUGAUCAACGCUAAGUGAGUGUGUCGAGCACGAGCCGUGCGUAUCUGUGUUUUCUGUUGAAACGAUAUGCUGACGAUUCCGUCCUUGUGAAAGCGAUGAAGACAUGUUGUGCCAAUGUGAAGUGGGUGACAGGAAGGUGUCGUCGACGACAGCAAAGACUAAAAAAUAAUGUCAGUGCGACCUUUUUUUAUUCGACGCCGAAACCGAACGAAUGCUCUUGUCAACUCAAAUAACGGAAUCCUUUUUGUAUUUAGAAUAGGAUAAGUGGGAACCAAAAAUUAAUUGACAGGAUUCUGUAUUUAUGAAACAUGGGAAGCCAAAGAUUAAAUGUCGCGGUAAAACGGAUUUAUGUGACCCAAACUAAGGGAUUGUCCAGAAAGUACGUUUUCUUAGAAUCAUUCAACAAAAUACGGGAGAUCGUCGCCUGUGGUACUCAAGGUAGGCACCCCCGCAGUACGCUCGUGCAGUGAAGCCAAGAUGUUGCCUGCCUAUCAGGCGCUAUGAGAGCCUCCAGAGUCUGAACUCGGCAGGUUCCAGGUUCGUAACGCUUUAGGCAAAUGAGGGACGUACUUUCUGGGUGAUCCCUAAAUGCGGAAACAUCCUUCGCCAAAAUAGCCGAGUUUACGAUCAAUAUAUUUGUACCUUUGUAUAUUCCGACUAUUAUUUAUUUCUCGUCUUUAAUUCUACUUUAAGUGGUGAAGUGUGAGUCAGACAAUAAAACGAGAGGAAACCAACAACUAGAA